CGCGUGUCAUCAGUGCGUCAUCUGCGAACGUCCGCGCUGGCUGUAAACGCGCGUAAAUUUGUUUCGUACUCGAGUCUCUGUGGUGUUGUAACAAGUUGACAUUUUUUUAUAUGAUAGCGACAGGAUACAGCUAUGGACAGAUAUGUGCUAGUUGUUAUAAUCAACUUAGAGCCAAAGAAAGAGAGCUCUUUUAACGGGCUUGAUGAAACAAAAAAAGUGUUCGAUAACCUCAAGAACAUUUCUAAUUCGAAUUUAACGCGCAUUCCUCCCUUUCCAGCUUGCUCUUUGAGUGGUAGUCCUGGCCCACAGAGAUGGUACUUUGCCAUUCAAGCCAGUUAUGGUACAACACAGUGGUGCAGCUCAGAGUGGGAGGAGCUGUGUUCCCAGAGAAGUGACAGUGAGGAAUCAGAGCCAUCUGCUUUAGACACCUGCAUCGCUGCCCUUCAGGAGCAAGAGGAACAGAGCGUGCUCACAGAGAACCCAUCCCACGCAGAACUGUUUGAAGAGGCUGCUGAAGGUCUUCAUCAUUUAGCAGACAAGCUUCCUCCACCAGGGAAGUCUUUGCUCGAUGUGAUUGUUCUGUGUGUGGAUGAGGAGGCGGGGUUGAAGGAUAUGUUGCCUAUGAUUGGCUCUUUGAAGCACAUGAAGGCAUGGCAUUCAGCUCAGAUGAUCAUGGUCACUGAACACAAUGCAGGGUGGCGGAAAGCAGCCACGUACCUAGAUGCCCGCUUAUAUUCUCUAUCAAUGAUUGAUGGCUGUGUGGAUGGAAAAGAGAGCUGGAGAGGUGGACUUCAUAUUAGAGAGAAAAAGUUUGUCUCUGAGCUGAAGUUUGAAGGUUUUUGUUUGAGAGCUCAGAGGAGAAAUCGCUUGAGUGAUGCACUAUAUCCUGACACAGACCCACAAUGCCACACUGAUCAUAAACUACAGCAUGAGGUAUUUCAGUGUUACCAGCCUGUGUUGGAACUGAUUCAGCUGGUCAGAGUCAAAGAUCUCCCCAUUCUUCUCCAUUCCAGUGCAAAGUUUGAACUUGGUUUGACCUCUAAAUCUGUCAAAGCCAAGCUACUCUUGGACCAACUGUGCACAUUGCGUGGAGAGGUGGGAGCUUUGUUUUCUCUGUCCUGUGUGAUAAGCUCGGAGACUUUCCCAGCGGCCUCCCAGCUCAGCUCCUGCAAAUGGAGAGACUUCAUGUCCAAACGCCCCAAGGACAUACCUGUGCCUGAGGUGGAGGUAAAAGGUGAAAGAGGCCGCUACCUCUUCUUGGUACAGGGGGCGGAGUCAGGAGGCUGCACGGCCCAACUGAUACACACGGCCAGUCAGAUCAAUGGAGCCGCUGCCCUGGCAACGCUCAAUGCCCUCAUCAGGGAAAAAGUUCCGCCUUCUUCAGGGAGUAGCACUGCUGACUGGCUACGGUCCCUGCCGUGUCUCCGUGGAGAGCAGUUCUUGCAAAGGGAGAGAAGGCUGGCCAAGGUGCAGACUCUGGUCCUUAAGGAAUGCUGCCGGCGACGAGAGGAGGCACAGAAGUCUGCUGCCAUUCCCGUGAAUGAACUGAAGGCUCUUCUGAAUUUGGCCAGAGAGCAGUACCUUCAAAUGCAUGACUCCACACUGUCUAGAGCAUCUGAACACAAGUUCCUGGAGAAGGAAAACCGGACUUCCUCUUCUAACACUAGUGAUGUGAAACAUUGUGCUCACACAGAAUGGCCAGAGAGGAGUGCCCUACAAAACUAUGAGAACCUACAGAGAGCCAGACAAAGAUCCAGUGUCAUCCACAGGUGCAGGCUGUUCAGCAGUGGUUCCUCUGAGAGUCUGAUGGGGCCUAAAGAUAGCCAGAGGGGAAGUUCUACACUGCUGGAUGCCAGAGAGCUGCUCAAACACUUCACCCCUGAUGGACUGCCUAGUGGGGAGCUACAGCCGCUGCCAGUGCUUAGAGGUGAACAUGCAUUUCAGUUAUCUCCUGACCUCACACCGAGGAAGGUGACUAAGCUGCCUUUCUCAAAAGCAGCCCAAUCCCACUACCAUGGAAUAGAGUUCUGUCUGGAUGAGCGUAAGGCCCUUGAGCGAGACCGCGGCUUUGUGAAGCUGCAGUCUCGUCUAAUAAGAUAUGAGACCCAGAGCACAUGCUGUAAGGAGCCCUGCCCUGUGCCAUUCGCCCUCAGUCCUGCACCCUCCCCAGCUGUGCUGUCUGAACCGGGCAGUGUGCCUGACGGUGAAGCUCUGCACAGCGAGAUGUCCCGCCUCAAACGCCGCUCCCGCGAAGCAGACCUCCAGCCACACAAGAGGUUCUGUAAAUCAGAGAGCUCUGACUCUCUGGGUGCAGGUGGUACUCACCCAGCUGUGGGGGCUCUGCGGCAGCAAGCAGCCCAGUCCCGUUCCAGCUCAGGUCUGGCCAGACGUUCUGCUUCGGUUGCCGACCCGUCGACCGGUCAAAAACCCAGCCAGACGCAGACCGAGUCCCGCUCCCAGAAACACAACAGGAUGCUGAGGGAGGUGGUUGCUAAGACGCUCAAUAAACACGGGAUCAGCAGCGAGCACAAGUGCUUUGAAGCCUGUAGUCAAAGACUGUUUGACAUAUCAAAGUUUUAUCUGAAGGAUCUGAAAACCUCACGUGGCCUUCAUGAGGAAAUGAAGAAAGCAGCCAGUAACAAUGCCAAACAGGUAAUUGAUUGGGUUGUGGAGAAAUCAUCUAAAAGAUGACUUUUAGCUGGAAACAUUGCAGGUAAAUCUGCAAUAGGACACCGUCAUUAGAACGAACAUCAUGAUGCUACGAAGUGAAAAAAAAUGCUUUAGAACCUCUCAGCAUUAAUUAUUGUUUGUACAUAUUUCUUUAUUGUUUUUUUUUUAAUGUUUGUGAUAAUCAUUUUAAUGUAUUAAAAAUGUGGUUUUUAACCGAGUGUCUGACUGCCAAACAGCCAAAUCCGGCCUCAUGUUUUCUGAGAAACGCUGUUUUGCAUCAUGAAAAUCAGUCAGAGGGUGUUUCUGCCCAGAUCGUAUUUCAGCAAUCAGUUCGCUCAAAUCACCACUCGAGCGUGAAACAAGGAACACAUGAGCGUCUCAACUCUGUUUUUCCAAAACCACCUCAUUCUCUUUUUGAUUACCUCAUCUUUCCUUUCUCGUUGGUCACACACAAGCUAUCGGUUUUGCACUAAAGAUUACCCAAGGUCACUUUGGGCUGAGGUCACGAAGAGUAACCGCUCCAUGGUACUCCCUGCCCAGAGAAGGUUGAGGGUGUAUCGUUUGGCAGAGUUGCCGGACACAUUCCAGUCCCACACAGGGCCAUUGUUCUUGCUCCUGGGUGCCCAGAGGGGUGAUGGGAAAGGAGGAAGGGGGCUGCACAUUACAUUGGCAACCCUGAGAGCCCUCGAAGGCAAUAUGCAAUCUGAACUCACUCGUUGCUUAUCACCGUAGCUGCUCUAGUUCGUGUGGUGAAACUCAGUGUUACGACAGCGAAUGAAACAGAUGUUUUUAGUUUAUUGAUACAUUAUGAUACUCCAUUUUUCGCAAGCUGAAUCAGUAUUUUGAUCUGCAUGGGUGAACUAUAUUGGCCUUGUUUUCAGACUCUUUUCUACAGCGUAAGCAUCUCACUUUGUUCUCCAUGCUGACGUUUUGAUAUUAAUGGGUUCACAGCACGAAGAAUCAAAAUUUCCUUGAACUUUUCAGAAGAGUUCAUUGUACUGUGAAAAUAUGCUGUCAUUUUCAGAACUUGAAACUUUGUCCCCAGUGAACAUUUAUUGAAACUUAAGCUGAAAAUGAAGAAGUGUGAAUAACAUUAUUCCUGAAGAAUCAGUUAAACCAUGUGUAGCAGCUGCAUAUCCUGUAUGAUUUCCUUGUGGGAAAAAAACAAAGGUUCACUCAAUUUUCAUAAUUAUCCUCAUGUUGUUCCAAACCUGUAUUACAUUUACUUUGUUCUGCUGAAUACAAGACAUUUUAAAUGUU